GUGGCAUAGCGCCUUGAUUCCAUAAGGAGCGUGAUUGUAUAGGAACAGCCCACGCUGGAAAAAACUGUGGGACCUGCAGGUGCUCCUAAUGAGAGUGAAAGGAAACAGUGACGAGGAUAAGGAAUAGCAGCAGCUCCUGCAGGAACAGCGAUCGACUUCAGGGAGCGGUCUGUGUGAAAUUAUUAACAUCCACGAUCUACCUGUAUGGGAAUGACGCCGAAGUCGAGCUGGUAGUCUCGAAGGAUUUUAACUGGAGCUUUUUAACGGCAGAGGAGAGGGGGGAAAGUCGACUUAGUGGGCUACCCCCGUUUUCCAGUCUUCCCGUAAAAAACAGAGGAAAAAUGAGGCGAACGGGAUAUUCAGGAAUUGCCAGGACACCAAGCGGAAGGCUCAGGAAAGUGUCGGAUCCCACAAGCCCAACAUUAAAGAGGUCUUUUGAGGUAGAGGAGGUUGACAGUUCCACACAUUCCUCCGUCCCUCCUAGACGGACUCCCAACCCUCACCUCCGGUCCAGUGUGUCUUCCUCCACCCAGCGCUUCCAGGAUCUGGGCUCCAGAAACUCGGACUUCUCCACGAAGGGCUCGGAACUGUCCAACCAGAGGUCCCCCAAGAUCGGCCUGCGGCGCGUGGAGCUCUCUGGUCCCCGCAUUCCGGAGCCCGUGUCCAGAAGGACCGAGAUCUCCAUCGACAUCUCCUCCAAGCAAGUGGACAGCUCGCCCAGCCCAGGCAUCUCCAGGUUUGGACUGAAGAGGCCAGAGGUCACGGGCCACAAGCCCCCAGAGCUGACCCAGAGGCGGGCAGAAGUCAGCCUCGGAAAGAUCCAGGAGCCCCCGCCUCCUCGAAGGGCCGAACCGCCACCUUCCUCUUCCAGGAUCCCGGAGCCCGUGCAGAAGAAGGCAGAGCCGCCCACACAGCCCUCGCAGGUGGAGGCUCCACCCAAACGCCCCGAGGUUCAGAUCAGCAAGUCCCCCGAGGGGCCACCUACCGCCAAUAACUUCUCCGCCCCAGCCAGCGUCCCUCCGAGCCACACGGAGCCGAAGGCACAGCCCGUGAUCACCGAGGUCUUCGUCAGGAGUCCCGACAUAGGGUCAGAGGUCGUUCCCAGCUACACAGGCACCAUGGCAGACCCCUCCAGAGACGCUGGCGCUAGGCCGACCCCCCCAGUGCGCAGCGAGAAGCCAGGUGCGGACUUCAGCUACGUGGGCAUCGAUGCCAUCCUGGAGCAGAUGAGGAGGAAGGCCAUGAAGCAGGGCUUCGAGCUGAACAUCAUGGUCGUGGGACAGAGCGGCCUGGGCAAGUCCACCCUGAUGAACACCCUCUUCAAGUCUAAGGUGAGCCGCAGGUCUGUCCUGGCCACCGCCGAGGAGAGGAUCCCCCAGACCAUCGAGAUCAAGUCCAUCAGUCACGACAUUGAGGAGAAGGGUGUGAGGAUGAAGCUGACGGUAAUCGACACUCCAGGCUUCGGGGACCAGAUCAACAACGAGAACUGCUGGCAGCCCAUCAUGAAGUUCAUCAACGACCAGUACGAGAAGUACCUGCAGGAGGAGAUCAACAUCAACAGGAAGAAGCGGAUCCCCGACUCCAGGGUGCACUGCUGUAUAUACUUCAUUCCGCCAACGGGACACUCCCUCCGGCCCCUAGACGUGGAGUUCAUGAGGCGACUCAGCAAAGUGGUCAACAUCGUCCCUGUCAUCGCCAAGGCAGACACUCUGACACUAGAAGAGAGGGAUUUCUUCAAACAGAAGAUCAGAGAAGAGCUCCGAGCCAACGGGAUUGACGUGUACCCUCAGAAAGAGUUUGAUGAGGAUGCAGAAGACAGGAUGGUGAACGAGAAGAUCAGACCUCUCGCUCGGCUCACUGCGCUCGCUCUGCUCCGAUCGCAGGAGAUGAUUCCCUUUGCCGUGGUGGGGAGCGACCAGGAAUACCAGGUCAACGGGAGGAGACUUCUGGGAAGGAAGACAAAGUGGGGCACCAUAGAAGUUGAGAACAUUGCUCACUGUGAGUUCGCCUAUCUGCGGGACCUGCUCAUAAGGACACACAUGCAGAACAUCAAGGACAUCACCAGUAGUAUCCACUACGAGGUGUACCGAGUCAGGCGGCUGAAUGAGAGCAACAUGCAGGCCAAUGGGGUCAGCGAGCACGACGUCUCCUCCAACGAGAUGUGAACGCCUUCCCAGCAGCGACCCCGACCCCUGACCCCCCGACCUCCGACCUUUGACCCCUGUCCGUCCUGAUUGGAGGGCAGCCUACUUGCAUCCACAUGCCAACACACUCCGAACUGCCCCCUCCCACCAACUCCAAAACACAAACAAUACGUGACGUAAAAAAAACAAACAAAGGAGGAUGCUUAACUUCUGUGCUUGGUCACCUGACUGAAUAUCAAAGCCAGUGCUCAGUUAUGGACAGUUUUUCCUUGUUGGGGUGUUUCUGGGCAGACUGCCUUCACGACGUGUCGAGGUUGAAGGAAUGGGAAGGUGAAAUAAAAGUGGAGAGGACCGCUGCGCAUCUUCCGCAAUUUCCAGCAUCCAGCUUUGCUUUGUGUUUUUUGUCAUUUAGUACGUGUGUUUUUUUCCAGUGUUCAGUUUUUCCUCGGGGAACCUGACCGGGGUUGUGUGGGUGAAACUGUCCCAGCGGCAGAGUGAGAGAUGGAGGGGGGGUGUGACACUUUUCUGUGACCCGGUCCGUGGGAGUGCGCCAGCGUAGGCCCUCAGAAAGCACAGACGUGCUUUGACAAGUGGUGUUUUUGUCGUUGUUUUUUAGAGGCUUACAUCCUGUAAAGAGAAUGAAACUGAAAAACCCCUUAGACAAUUUAGGAAACUGGAGACGUGAGUGGUGACAGAUAAUUGAGUUUGUAAGCAGUUUGCCAUCAGUUUUAUUUUUUGCUCAGAGAGAUGUAUAAAAACGCAGAUUGCUGGAGCACACUCUGGGCUUUCUGAACAAGGCCUGUGGUGAUACCGCUGACCUGGACGGAAACCUGUUGCCUGGGUGAGAGUGGGGGAGGUUUAAUGGGUGAACUGACAGGAGAGAGAAGUGUAAAGUUUAAAAUAAAAAAAAAAACCUGGAAGCAGAAGCCCGGUUUGUGUCGUGUGGGGCCUCGGUGAGCACUCUGGGGGUGAAGUGGGAAACGACACAUCUGCACUGACAGAAAGCAAAGCAGUGUGGAGCAGCUUUUUUCAUUUUAAGUUUCUUUUGCGUUUUGGACCUUUUUUGCAGAAAACUAGCUACUAUAUGGCAGUUGUUUUGUGCAGUAUGUACCUUUAGGACUUACAGUACUUGUCACAUUUUUGUUUCUGUAAUGUUUAUCUGCGGGAGGGAGAAAGCAGGGAACACAAAUGUUAAUUUCUUUCCUUCUCUGUGCCUUAUAUAAACCAAAUACAUUCUUUCUGCUCUAAAGAGAAACAAAUAUAUAUAAUUGAGUAAAAAAAAAAACGAAAAAAAUAAAAUAGUAUUUAUACUUAC